ACAUUUUAUGCAAGGAAUAUAUAUAUACGUAACUAGCCUAGUUAUACUGAUACUGCACAAUAUCUGCGGUUGGAGUGACCCUAAACUACCCAACGAAACAUUGUUUUAUCUCAACAGAGUACGUUCACCCAUUAUAGUUGUAGAACAACGUGGGGAAUGGGCCCAAAGGGGAUUGUAACCACCAUUUCUCGGCAUUCAUGGAAGAUAAGGAUGAUGGCCACUCUGACACGAACUAUUUGGGAUUGUCAGAGAGGCAUUUUAGUCGUUGGUCAACAUGAAGGAGGUGCCAACGGUAACCUUGGAGACCCCCAAGAAAAGCAUCGGGGGCCAUGUCAAGAGCUUCUUCCAAAACAUCACCGUGGAACCUGCCUACCUGAUAUUUGCCAUCUCCCAAGGGCUGUACAUGAUUGUGGCAUCGGAGUUGUACAUCACCAAGGUAUGCAAGGUCAAUCUAGCCUUUUCAGAGGACGUUUGUGACAACAUCCAGCAACACAAAGAGGAACAAGUUCAAGUCCAGAAAUACGUCUCCACUCUGAAGAUCUACAACAGCAUCUUGCAAGCAUUUCCUUCCGUGUUGUUUGCUUUAUUUGCUGGACCAUGGUCGGACACCCAUGGGCGCAAGUUCCUCAUCAUGGCCUCAAUGUUUGGUUUCGUCUUUAACAAUGGAGUCUUCAUGAUCAACGCCUACUUCUUCUAUCAACUGAAAGCGGAAUAUCUCUUAUUCGAGUGUCUCCAAGAUUGCACGGGCGGAUUCGUGGUGUUUUUCAUGUCCGUCAAUGCUUAUUUGGCUGAUGUGACAAGUCCAGAGACCAGAACCAAGCGCGUGGCCUUCAUGUCUGGGCUUUGGCCCGUGGGUUUCAAUAUCGGCAAGGCUUUGAGCGGCGUCAUCAAGACCAAAUUGGGAUUCAUGUUCAAUUUUGGGAUUGGUAUGGCCUUAUCCAUAUUGGCCAUGCUCUACAUCUUGAUCUUUCUGAAGGACAGUAUUGCUAUUAGAGAGCGAAGGCUUUCCAAACGAUCUCGCUUGGCCAUGGGACCUGACGCCAUCGAGGUGGACGUGGAGACCCGAGUCAAGAUCACCAAGAAACAGAUGUUUACCAGUCUAUUUGACAUCAAUAACGUCAAGAGAGGAUUCAGAGCCCUCACGAAGAAGCGAAAGGGCAACCUCAGGACGAUCGUGAUCCUGAUGGUCUUUUGCUUUGAGAUGGAAAUGUUCAUCAAUGUGGGCGAAUGGUCCAAUACGUAUCUGUUUCUGCGGCGACAACUCGAAUUCACCAUGGUUGAUUACACACGGUUCUCAGUGAUAGUUGGAAUCAUCGGGAUCUCGGCUCAGUAUAUCACCAUUCCACUCUUUACGCAAAAGUUCAAAUUCAGGGAUUCCACCAUCGUUCUCAUCGAUAUCGCGGGUUGCUUCAUUCAGACUUUGAUCGUGGCGUUCGCCUCUUCGGAAUGGAUGCUUUACUUGGGAGCUUGUAUCGCUUUCCUGGACGCCACAUCCUUCACCAUGCUUCGAUGUAUGAUAUCAAAGUACGUGGAGCCAGACGAGUUCGGGACUAUCCUGUCCAUCAUUGGAGCCAUACAAUCGUUCAUACCUAUCGCCUCUAGUCCAAUUUUUGGAAUCUUGUACAGGAGUACUGUGGAAUUGUUUCCACAGCUUUAUCUCCUCGUUUUGGCCGCCCUAUUCCUGAUAGAUUGGGGCGUGUUGCUGUACAUUCACGUGGGGUUGAAGAAGCUGUCCGGUGACCAAGAGAUUGAAAUGAAAGAUAUGGAGAAAGAGGGGGUCGUAGAGAAGCUAUUUGUCGAGGAACUGCCCAUGGAAAAAGGCAAAGAUAAAAUACCAUCUCUAUAAUGUUAGAACUUGCUUUGGACCCCGCGAACUGUAACUCAUCACGGUAGGAGAGUACUGUGUUAUGAAGAUUGCAAUGGGUGUUUAAUCACGUUUUUCAUGAUGUAUUGACUAGGUAAUAAAUCACCCUAAAUAACUGAA